GUUUCGGAUCCAACACAUUUUUUUUGCAUUAUUGGUCACGAUAAGGUUUUAUACGUGCACACCACGGAAUUCAGUUAGCAGAGCACGCAACGAGCGAAGCCGCCGUCAGCUGUGCUACCGUGGCAACUGCAGGGAGAGGCGGCGAUCCAGCCAUGGCGACCGGCGGCGGCGUACCGGACGUCCACAGCAACACCGGCAGCAGCAACAAGACGCUGCUCAAGAGCCAAGCCCUGUACAAGUACGUCCUGGACACGACGGUGCUGCCGAACGAGCCGGAGUGCCUGCGCGAGCUGCGCCUCCUCACCGACAAGCACGAGCAGAGGAACAUGGCGACGCCCCCGGACGAGGCGCAGCUGCUGGGGAUGCUGGUCAAGCUGAUGGGCGCGCGGAGCACGCUGGAGGUGGGCGUCUUCACCGGCUGCUCUCUCCUGGCUACGGCGCUCGCCCUCCCCGGCGACGGCAGGGUCAUCGCCGUAGACGUGAACCGCGAGUACUUCGAGCUCGGCCGGCCCUUCUUCGAGAAGGCCGGCGUCGCGCACAAGGUGGACUUCCGCGAAGGCCCCGCGCUGGACCACCUCGACGCGCUGCUCGCCGACGAGGGCAACGUGGGGGCCUUCGACUUCGCCUUCGUCGACGCCGACAAGCCCAACUACGUGCGGUACCACGAGCAGCUGCUCCGCCUGGUGCGCGUCGGCGGCGCCAUCGUGUACGACAACACGCUGUGGGGCGGCACGGUGGCGCUGCCGCCCGACGCGCCGCUGUCGGACCACGACCGGCGGAUCGUGGCCGCCAUACGGGACCUCAACGCCAGGCUCGCCGCCGACGAGCGCGUCGAGGUGUGCCAGCUCACCAUCGCCGACGGCGUCACCAUCUGCCGCCGCGUCGCGUGAUUGCCGGCCGGCCUCGCCGGCGGCCGUGCGCGCGCGCGCGGCGGUUUCAAUAAGAUUUCGGUCUUCCGAAUCGUGGGCGUCAGAUAUUGGCCCUCGUAGUUGUGGUGCCUGAAUUGGAAAUUGGAAUAAGUGAAUAACAAUGGCGCCUUGAUCUUUUGGAACA